AUGGACAUUCCAUAUUUGAAAACGGAAGCAUCAAAUGACCCAAGAAUAGACCACAUGAUAGAUCUACAGACACGGAUGCAGGAACAACUUUUGCAUUUCCAAGAACUCCAAAUUCAGGAAUUGCACAGGAAAGAGAAGAUUUACAAAGAGAAAGAAACUCCAGUAGUUAAACUUCCAAAGUUUGAACUACCUUCAUUUGAUGGAGAUAAAUUAAAAUGGAAAGAAUUCUGGGACUCCUUUGAAGCUUCAGUGCACAUGAACUCGAGGCUUUCCAAUAUUGAGAAGUUCAACUACUUGAAAAGUAAAAUGGAAGGAAAGGCACAAUCUGCUAUUUCUGGCCUUAUGCUCUCCCAUGAAAAUUAUGAUGUAGCUCUCUCAAUAUUGAAGGAACGAUUCGGAGAUGUGCAGUCUGUAAUAAACAAACAUUACAUGGACCUUAUCAACAUUAAGCCUGCACUCAAUAACACUUCCAGUCUCCGUAGAUUAUUGGAUGAACUAGAAAACCAUAUGCGCAGUCUAGAAGCCUUGGAACAGGAUGUAAAUCAAGAUGUCUUUGUUUCCAUGAUAAUAACAAAGUUACCAAAGGAAGCCAGGUUACAAUUAGAAAUACAGAAAGGAAAGAAAGAAAAGUGGACUGUGCAAAAGCUGAGAAUAUUUCUUGAUAAUUACAUAGUAGCCAGAGAGUCUACAGAUAUGGACAAUCUAGACUCUCAUGAGAAACAACAUGCAAGAAAAACUUCAUUACCUGGAAUGUCAUAUGUAAAUGAAAGAAAACAUACAUCUGCAGAAGCAUUAACAACAUCAUUUCAAGAAUCACAAAGAAGAAACAAAUAUGAAAGAAAACAUCCCAUUUGUAUCUUCUGUGAACGAAAUCAUUGGAGUGAUGAAUGCAAAGAAUUCAGGACAAUUGAUGAAAGAAAACAGAAGAUCAAAGGAAGAUGUUACAUUUGUCUUAAACCAGGCCAUCUGAGCAAAGACUGCAAAGUAGACAAACCAUGUGUCCAUUGCCAUCAGACAAAGAAACAUCACCGAAGUCUCUGCAAUAAGAAGAUACAGCUUUUGAGAGAAACCUCACACUUUGUUGAAGCAGAGAUUCUUGAUUCUGAACCAGUUAACAAUAUACCAGAAAACAGUCUAUUGUCCUCAGGUAGUAUGGUGCUAAUGCAAACUGCAAGAAUUGAUGCAUCAGAUCUGAAUAGAAGGAGAGUUGAAUCUGUAAGAAUUCUGAUGGACUCUGGGUCUCAGAGAACAUAUGUUACUGAAGAAUUAGUUUCGAGGUUAAAUUUGCAGAGGAAAGGAACAGAAGAAAUAUCACUUAACACAUUUGGAGCAAGGAAUCCGAAGACGGUAAAAACACCGAAAAUCUCUUUGAGGAUUAAAUUAAAGGAUGGACACUGCAUGAGAAUUGAUGCAAAUGUUGUGCCUCAAAUAACUGGAUCAGUACAAAGAAGACCGUUACCACCUAACAUCACUAAACAAGUACAGCACCAAUGGAAACAUUUACAAUUUGCUGAUACCCUACCAGAAACUGCAGAAAAUUCAGCCAUAGACAUUCUUAUUGGAAAUGACUAUUACCUAGAUUUAAUAUUAUCAGAAAAAAUUAAAGUCAUCCAAGGACUAUACUUACUAUCGUCAAAGGUAGGAUGGAUUCUUACAGGAAGAAUGCAAGAAAACUUUAAGGGAUCCAGAGAUCAUUUACAUAAGAUACCGAUUGUAAACAGAAACAAACGUAGUACAGAAUAUUGUCUUCAUUCCUCAAUUGAUAAAUGUCUGCCCCUGAAGCCGUCAUCGGACAAUGAUGGGAAAUUUGAAACUAUAGGAACUAAAGACCAACUUCAAUCAUCAGAUGAUGAAGAGGCCUUGAAAAACUUUAAAGGUAAAUUAAAAACAGAAAAUGGCAGAUAUCGAGUCACUUGGCCAAGGAGAGAAAAAACAACAUAUAGACUGAGAGGAAAGUAUAUUCAGAAUAAUAGACCAGUAAAAAUUGAAGAUGAUCGAAUCAAAGAAGAUCUCCCUAAAGGAAGCUGGAAGAUCGGAAGAAUUUGUGAUUUGACAAUGAGUCAAGAUGGUCAAUUCAGAACAGGAAAUGUAAUAAUACCCAACAAAAGGACAUUAAACAGACCUUUAAAUUUACUCUAUCCUAUAGAAUGUAUCAAUGACUCAGAUCAUGGUGACAGUGAUGAAAAGAAGGAAAAACAAACAGUCAGUGAUAUUCCUCCGUUGCCUAGAGCAAAGAGACAGGCUGCUGAAAAGGCCACAAAACUGAUUAAAGAACAAUUAAAUUCAUGA